UGAUAAAAGACCGGCUAAAGCAAAAUAACAAUAAAUUUUAUUAUUAUUCUUCGACUACUAGAGAAUUUGCUAAAAUAGUUAUCUUAAUUGAAAUUCGGAAACAGUGCAGACCUCCACAAACUCGACAGACACACAUACACAACUCAACACAACAUCGCUAAUAAUAAUUGGUCAGUUUCAUUGACUUUUGUACAACUUGAGCGAGCGUGCGAUUGUAAAGAAAAGUGAUAGCGGCAAGUGCAGCAGCAUCACUUAUUUGUAAAUAUGUCUUUACAAUCGAUUAAAUACACAACAGGGAAAUUGGAAAUUUUAGAUCAGCUAUUACUUCCCGUCCAGUCCAAAUACUUGGCUGUUAAAGGCGUCGAGGAUGGGUGGAAGGUGAUAAAUAAAAUGCAGGUUCGUGGAGCUCCUGCCAUUGCCAUUGUGGGAUGCUUAUCUUUGGCGGUGGAAAUAUUUCCAGAAGCAUAUGAGUCGAAAAAGACAUUGCGGCAAGAAAUUGAGGGUAAACUCAACUAUCUUGUCUCGGCUAGACCAACAGCGGUGAAUAUGAAAAUCGCUGCAGAUGAAUUGAUUUCACUGGCAAAUGAACUGACAAAAGAUGAAGCCGUUACGGUGGACGAUAUGAAACAAAAAUUUCUUGACGUGACGGAAGCAAUGCUACAGAAGGAUAUCUCCGAUAAUAAAGCCAUUGGAGCAAAUGGUGCCAAAGCUGUGUUGGAAAGUUCCGGCAAAGAUGGUCCAGUGCGCGUUUUAACGCAUUGUAAUACAGGUUCUUUGGCAACAGCAGGUUAUGGCACAGCCCUAGGGGUAGUUAGAAAAUUACACGAACUUAAAAAACUAGAACAUGUGUAUUGCACUGAAACGCGGCCUUACAAUCAGGGAGCACGUUUGACAGCCUAUGAGUUGGUACAUGAUAAAUUACCUGCCACAUUGGUACUUGACAGUAUGGUUGCAGCUCUCUUACGUGCCAAAAAUGUGGCAGCCGUUGUAGUAGGUGCUGAUAGGGUUGCCGCCAAUGGAGAUACUGCCAAUAAAAUUGGCACCUAUCAAAUUGCUGUUGUGGCCAAACACCAUGGAGUGCCAUUUUUUGUGGCUGCCCCCUUAACAUCCAUAGACUUGCACAUACCCAGCGGAGAUCACAUUAUUAUCGAGGAAAGACCAGAUCGGGAAAUGACUCAUGUGGGUGAGCAUAGAAUAGCUGCACCCGGUAUUAACUGUUGGAAUCCUGCCUUUGAUGUUACACCUGCUUCGCUUAUAACUGGCAUAAUUACGGAGCGUGGUGUAUUCAGUCCAAACAAGCUUAAAGAUGAAAUUAGUGCUUUAUUAGAAUUGUAAAUGUAAUGUCCAUAUAUUUUCUUUUUAUUGUUAAGUUUAAACACACAGCUCUUUUAAAUUUCCUUAAUUUAAAUGAAGUCCUACUUGAAUGUCCUUGAGCGAGAGAGAACAAAAAAGCACAGAAAAAAGGUACGAUGUUACGAAUUUCUUUUUUUUUAAUCCCACUUUUGUAUUAUUAGUUUUCUUUAUAACUCAAUCUACAUACAGACAUAUUUAGUUGUGAUAUUGUUGACAAAUACUAGCGACAUUUAAUUUUGCUAACAUACAAUUUUGCUCAAAAACAUUCAAUUCGAGUCCAGCCAAUUAUUCAAUCGUAUCGAAAUUAGACACAAAUAUCCUUUAUAUACAUCAUACAUACCUAUACAUACAUAAAUACGUUUUUUAUAAAGUACAGAUCCGAUUCCAGUUUUCUUUUGCUACAAUAGAAUGUUAAUUAGAUUUUAAGAUGACAGCUUAAUAUGUUCAUGAUCAAUAAAUCAAUAUUGAGAAAACUAGAA